AUGGGAAAUGCAAUAAAUAAACUGAUUGAUCAUUACAGUAGUGUAGAGAAGAGGAAGAAGAGCGAGUACAAGUUUGGCAAGGUGUUGGGCUGCGGGUCCUUCGGAGUCGUGCGAGAAUGCGUCAACAAACAAACGAAGGAAGUGUACGCCGUGAAAAUCAUUAAAAAAAAAAAAAAACACAAAAAAAAUUUCAAUUUUGAAAAAAUGGUCAAAAAUGAAAUAAAGUAUCUCUCCGUAAUGAGCCACGAAAAUAUUAUCAAGUUCAAAGACUUUUUUGAAGACAAAUACAAGUUUUAUAUUAUAUUGGAGAAGUGUGAGGGGGGCGAAUUGUUUUAUACAGUCGUGAAAAAUAAAUGUUUAGUGGAGAGUGAGUCCAUCCAAAUUGUACGCCAGAUUUGUUGCGCACUGGAGUAUUUGCACUCGAGAAACAUUAUUCACCGCGACAUUAAGGCAGAAAACUUCCUGUUUAAAAAUAAAAACUCAAAAAGCAUCAAGUUGAUAGACUUCGGAAUGGCCAAAAAGGUGAACUGCGAAUACCUAACCGAACUGUGUGGCUCCCCCCACUACAUUUCGCCUGAACUGAUCAGGACGCACACAAAUAUUGUUUCACCCCCACACGUGAUGUGCAUGCCCCCCCCUCUCCCCUUUUUGCAACUUCCCCAGGACGAAAUACUCAACAAGAAUAUAAAUUGGAAGAGCAAAGAAUUCUCCUCCCUUUCCGUCGAGGCUGUGGAUUUUUUAAAAAAGCUGUUGGAGAGAAAUGAAAAGAAAAGACUCACGGCAUAUCAAGCGCUGAACCACCCGUGGAUCAAGCCCCCAGUGGAGUAA